GCUAACAAAAACAUUCAUACCCACCACCUUCCAUUUUUCUUCAUCAUACAUCUACUGCAUCACCACAUCCAACAUGUUGAAGGUGUCGCUGGUACUGCUGUUGGCUGUCGCCUACGUCGCCGCUAUGAAGGGCGAUGCGGAUUCCACCAAAGUCGCCAACGACGCAUGGAAGGCUAACAUCGUGGAUGGGAAGCCGAUCUCUUCCUACUGCGGUGGCCGUAUGAAUUCAGCCACUCUGACGGUCAAGAGCUAUGAACUGUCGGCUACGACACCCGGCAUCACCAAAUACUCCAUGAAGGUGGACAUCGCGGCGGCCCCAUCCGGUUCCAGCCCGCCCGUCACCAUGAAAAACAAAGUGUUCGAGGUGACCAAAGGACCCGGAAAGAAACUCACCAUUGGAAAGAAUCCUUGCCGCAGUGAUUUAUCAUAAAUCACAAUUUUACCGGCGAUUUGAGUAUCUGCAGACCAGCACAGAGCUCUGCUGCAAUUACAGACUCAAAAACAGAUCUGCCUGAUUCGAUCGUUUCUUGUUGCACAAACCGAAACGGGUUCUGCCCGUGCAAAUACUGUCGACAAAACUAAUGACAAAUACGGUGCCAAAUAUCUUAUGACAGUGAUAAGAAUGAUGCGUUUGAAGGUGUGAAUAAAAUAAACAAUGAAAUAAUCAAA